AUGGGUGCUUUCGCCCACUGCUCGCCGCCGAUAUGGCGGGUAGAUGACCUCACCUCGUGCUUCCAACAAGACUACCUCAAAAUCCUCCUCCCGCUCAUCGUCAUCGCCCUCUCAGUCGCCCGCCUCGCCUGGUCCGCCGUCGCCCGCGCCAUCACCCAUCGAGAUGCCCGGGGCUACCGACCCUUGGCCAGCGAGCAUCGCGCCGACCCAGAUCACACCGGCCUGCCUCCGGACACCUCGCCCGCCGAUUCCGACGACGAUGACGAGCAACAUCUCGAAAUCAAUGCCGGCAGGCUGGCCCUGGCCAAGACUGCGAGCAGGGGCUCCAUUGUCCAGGCCGACACCCCGGCUGGCCAACGUCUGUCUACGACUGUCGAGGAGCUGGCAAUCAUUGGCCUCGUCGUCGUCAAUGUCAUCGCCGCCAUCACGGGCGCCUACGGUGCCGCCGGGCGCGGUAGCCUCGCCGCCGCCGCGGGCCUCCUCACCUGGAUUUACACACUCAUCCUCGCCUCCCUCCGCCUCUUCCUCGGCAGGUCCAAGUGGCGCAUCCCUCGCCUCUGGAACCACACGGCCUCCAUUUACGGCCUCAAUUGGCUCUUGGACAUUCUCAUCUUCCGCUCCGUCAUUAUCCACCCCAGCUCGCGUCUAACCCAGGUCCUCGUCAUCCUCGAGUUCGCCCUCGUCACCCUGCUCUUCGGCAUGGCUCUGACUACUAGGAAGGGAAACAAGACUGUGCUUUUGGAGUGGGAGGACGGUAUCGAGCCGUCCCGCGAGCCUCUUGCCAGCCUCUUCUCCCUCGCCACCUUCUCCUGGGUCGACGCCAUCGUGUACCAGGGCUGGAAGACGACGAUGGAGAUGGACCAUGUUUGGAACCUGCUGCCCAAGGACAAGGCUGCCGCCGUCAUCGCCGACUACAGACAGCUCAAGAGGACGGGUGCCCUGGCUUGGCAUCUGCUCAAGUUCUUCAAGGGCAUGCUCCUCUUCCAGUGCUUCAUGGCCUUUGUCUCGGGCCUCUUCACCUUUGCGCCCACUCUCCUGCUGAGGGCUAUUCUCGAGUACGUGGAGCAGCCGGACCGCGCGCCCGUCAACGUCCUCUGGCUCUACGUCAUCGCUCUGCCCGUCCUCGACACCAUCCGCUCUUACGCCGACGGCAUGGCUCUGUGGACUGGCCGCAAAAUUUGCAUUCGAGUCCGCGCCAUCAUUGUUGGCGACAUCUACGCCAAGGCGUUGCGCCGCAAGGCUGCCGCGGGUAGGGACAAGGUUCUGCUCGACAACAAACCCGCUCAGCCCAAGAAGGAGGACGACUCGGACGGCGACAGCGCCGCCGCCAAGAUCAAGAGCGCUCUCGGCAUAGGAAAGAAGAAGAACAAGAGCGUGGCCAGCGACACCGAGUCAGCUAACAGCGUCGCCAGGGAGGGUCAAGACGCCAAGCCUUCGCGCGAUGACGAGCAGGCCAACCUGGGCACCAUCAUCAACCUCAUGUCCGUCGACAGCUUCAAGGUCUCGGACGUCACUGCGUACCUACACUUCCUAUGCGCCGCGGCCCCGACCCAGCUCGUCGUCUGUGUUGUCUUGCUUUGGCAGGUCAUGGGUCUCAGCGCCAUUCCGGGUCUCAUCGUCAUGGCCCUGCUCCUCCCAGUUAACUACUUCAUCGCCAGGGGCUUCAACAUCACCUCCAAGAACAUCAUGGCCGCCACGGACAAGCGCAUCAACGUGACAAACGAGGUCCUCCAGAAUAUCCGCAUCAUCAAGUACUUUGCCUGGGAAGAGCGCUUUGGUCGCAUCAUCGACGAGAAGCGCCGGGUCGAGCUCGCCGCCCUGCGAUCCCGGUUCAUCCUCUGGGCUGUGGCCGUGGCCACCUGGAACUCGGUCCCCGUACUCAUCACCUUCUUCUCCUUUUUCGUCUACACCGUCAUCGAGAAGAAGCCGCUGUACCCCUCGGUCGCUUUCACCGCCAUCUCGCUCUUCAUGCUCCUGCGCGUGCCGCUCGACCAGCUGGGCGACAUGUUUGCCCACGUGCAAGAGUCCAAGGUAUCGAUUGACCGUGUCGAGGAGUUUUUGAACGAGGAGGAGACAGAAAAAUACGAGCAGCUGGGUCAGGACAAUGUGGAUGAGGACGGCGUCAAGCACAUCGGCUUUCGAGGCGCGACGCUCAUCUGGGGCGGUAGGGAGUCGGUGGCCGAUGAUGGCUCGCGGGCCUUCCGCCUACUCGACAUGGACAUUGAUUUCCGGAUAGGCAAACUCAACAUCAUUGCCGGCCCCACGGGAUCCGGCAAGACGUCGAUGCUCAUGGGGCUCCUGGGCGAGAUGACCCUCAUGGAGGGCAAGGUGUUUUGCCCUGGCGGUCGGAGCCGCGAGGAAGUCUGGCCCGAUCCCGAGACGGGUCUAGCCGACACGGUGGCGUACGUUGCGCAGGCGGCUUGGCUCGUCAACGCCAACAUCCGCGACAACAUCUUGUUCGCGGCGCCGUACGACGAGCAGCGAUACAAGGACGUGGUGGUUGCCUGCGCCCUCGAGCGCGAUCUCGAGGUGCUGGACCACGGCGACGACACCAUGGUGGGAGAAAAGGGCAUCACCCUGUCGGGUGGCCAGAAGCAGCGCAUCUCGCUCGCCCGGGCCCUCUACUCCAACUCGGCACACAUACUGAUGGACGACUGCCUGAGCGCCGUCGACUCCCACACCGCUCAGUGGAUCUUCACAAACUGCAUCAAGGGGCCGCUCAUGCGGAACCGCACCUGCAUCCUGGUGACGCACAACGUGCAGCUCUGCGUCCCGUCGGCCGACUACGUCAUCAUGCUCGACAACGGCCGCGUCACCGCCCAGGGCCCCGCGCAGGAGGUCAUGGACUCGGGCAAGCUCGGCGAGGAUAUUCUCAAGUCACGCCCCCCUUCGGCCGUUGCCUCGCGCGUGCCCUCGCGCGUGCCCUCGAGCGUUGGGGACGCCGAGACCAUGGUCAACAGCAACAUGAACACCAUGAACAGCGUCGCCAUCUCCAAGAAGGUGAAGCCGAAGAAGGCUCAGCUGGACCCCAUGGACGAGGGCAAGGCCACCGGGUCUGUCAAGUGGCCCGUCAUGAAGCUCUACCUCUUAUCCAUGGGACCCAUUUGGUUCUGGGUCGUCGCCCUGAUCGUCUUCAUACUGCAGCAGCUGUCCACUGUCGCCACCAACUUCUGGGUGCGACAGUGGGCCAACAUGUAUGUCCAGGAACAGGAGACGGACAUUGCCAUGAGCUCCCUGUCGCGCUCGUACGGCGGCGAGGUCGUGGGCAAGGGCACCUGGGCGAGCAUCGCGCGGCUCGGCAGCGCCUCAAGCUCGCAAGCGCCCGAGGAUGUGCCCGAGGUCAACGUGGCGUUUUACUUGACCGGUCUCGCUGUUAUUGGCGCGGCCGGCGCCUUGGCGGCCCUUGUCCGGGACGUCUGGAUCUUCUUUGGCUCGCUCACGGCAUCGCGACGUCUCCACAAUCGUCUGAUGGCGGCGGUCACGAGAGCAAAGUUCAAGUUCUUUGACGUGACGCCGCUCGGCCAGCUGAUGAACCGCUUUAGCAAGGACCUCGAGGCCGUUGACCAGGAGAUUGCGCCCGUGGCGAUUGGCGUCAUGUCCUGCGCCCUUUCGCUCGUCGUAACAGUCAUACUGAUUGCCGUCAUCACCCCCGGCUUCCUCGUCGCCGCUCUCUUCAUAUCCGGCCUCUUCUACUUUGUCGCCACGCUGUACCUGCGCGCGUCGCGCGACCUCAAGCGUCUCGAGUCGGUGCAGCGCAGCCCGCUCUUCCAGCAGUUUGGCGAGACGCUCAGCGGCAUGACGACGAUCCGCGCCUACGGCGACGAGCGCCGCUUCAUCCGGGACAACCUCGCCAAGGUUAACACGCAGAGCCGCCCGUUCAUCUACCUGUGGGCCUGUAACAGAUGGCUCGCAUUCCGCGCCGACGCGCUCGGCAACAUGGUGUCGUUCUUUGCGGGCGCCUUCAUCAUCCUGAAGCUGGGCAAGAUUGACGCCGGUGCUGCAGGCAUCUCGCUCAGCUACGCCAUGAACUUUACGGAGAACAUCCUUUGGCUGGUGCGCCUCUACGGCAUGAACGAGCAGAACAUGAACGCCAUGGAGCGCGUCAAGGAGUACCUGGACCUGGAGCAGGAGGCGGCUCCGGUGGUGGAGGGGAAGCGUCCGCCCGAGUCGUGGCCGGACGAGGGCAACGUCGAGUUUGUCGACUACUCUACGCGGUAUCGCACCGAUCUCGACCCCGUGCUCCGGGGCAUCUCGCUCAAGAUUCAGGCCAAGGAGAAGGUGGGCAUCGUGGGGCGCACGGGCGCCGGCAAGAGCUCGCUGGCGCUGGCCAUUUUCCGGGCGCUCGAGGCGGAGAAGGGCCGGGUUGUGAUUGACGGGAUCGACAUUAGCCAGAUUGGGCUGCGAGACUUGCGGGAAAAGAUAACGAUAGUGCCCCAGGAUCCGACGCUGUUCAUGGGCACGAUACGGACCAACCUGGAUCCGUUUGACCAGUACACGGAUGAGCAGGUGUUUGAGGCGCUGCGGCGGGUGCAGCUUAUUGGGCCCAACGAGGCGGUGGCGGGCAUGCGCGUUUCGUCGGCGCCGUCGGUGGCGACGAACAAGAACGUGUUUCUGGACCUCUCGUCGCCGGUGUCGGAGUCGGGAUCGAAUCUGUCGCAGGGGCAGCGGCAGUUGCUGUGCCUGGCGCGAGCGAUGCUGAAGAAGCCGACGGUGCUGGUGAUGGACGAAGCGACGGCGUCCAUCGACUACAGCACUGACUCGAAGAUCCAGGAGACGAUACGGGAGCUGACGGGCACGGUGAUUACGAUUGCGCAUCGGCUGCAGACGAUUGUCGACUACGACAAGGUGCUGGUGCUGGACAGGGGCGAAGUGGUCGAGUACGGGCAUCCGUGGGAGCUGAUGAGCAACGAGGAAGGGUCGUUCCGCAGCAUGUGCGAGAUGAGCGGAGAGCUGGACAUGCUGCUCAAGGCGGCCAAGCGGAAAUGGGAUGAGGGGCGGCUUGUCGAUGUUGAGGAGAGGUAG